AAAAAAAAUUACAUUUUAUCGAUUUUUCCUACACAUAAAGAAACAGCAAUAAAAACAAACCCAAACUAAUAUGGAGUACAUUUGGAAUAUUCAUUUGCAUACUGUUUGCACAACAGUAAAAGUCAUUUAUGAAAUCGUAUCUCUCCAUAAGGAUACAUGCAUCACUGGAGGUUUGACCAGAACUUGCAUUUUUUUGCUUGGCCUCUGACCACUCUACUGUGCUGAAUUAGCUGCUCUGAUCAUACUAUUUCCCAAAUCAUUGCAAGCGAGUUUGGGGCAGAUAGACCUGAGCCUGACAUCCAUCUGGCUGCUAUUUCCAUCCUAGUCAUUGCUAGCAAGAAUGCUGUCAGGCAUUCAUACAUUUAAAAAAAAAAAAAAAUUAGGCAAGUCUUAGACAUGCUGUUGUGAAUUUUAAUCGGUUUUAGCAUUUUAACUUUUUGUAUGUUUUAAAGUUAUUAUAUCUUUUUCUUGAUUCUGUUGUUUUAUCUUUUUGUAAACCUAUUUGAGGUUUUCUUUCUUUCUUUUUUUGUACAAUGCAGCAGUGUAUAUAUUUUAUGAACUAAAAAAGCACAUGGCUUGCUAUCACUCCCUAGUGAAAGUAGAGUUAGCACAGGAUCAGAUAUUAUCUGUUGACAUACAGUAUUAGAUUCUUCUUUAAAUACCAUUGUCCUGAAAGUCUGAAUUGGGGUGCCUCCCCAGUCCAUCAUGUAGGGAUCUGAGUUAAGAGUUUUACACCAGGACUGGGAAGAAAAGAGCUUCAAACCUCCCUCUGGCCAUCAAGCUCUUGGAACAGUCUCUUUGCCUAACCUGUAUUUCUGUCUUUCUUCCUACUGUGCACAGCUAAACUUUGAAAUUUGCUGCCACAACUUGCAGGGAUGGGCAACAACCUGGAUGGCAUUAAAGAUGGUUAGACAAAUUCAUGGAGGAUAAGGCAAUCAACAGCUACUAGCCACGAUGGCGUUGUUCUGCCUCCACUUCAGAGGCAGUAUGCCUCUAAAUGCUGGGAAUCCCAGGUGGGGAGAGCUGCUGUUCUGCUCAUGUCCUGCGUGAAGGCUUCCCAUUGGGGCAUCUGGUUGACAAGGCUACUGAUGGCUACUAGUCACAAUGGCCAUGGUCUAUGCCCACUGCCAGAGGUUGUAUUCCUCUGAAGACCAGUUAUUGGGAAUUUCAGGUGGUGGUGAGUGCAGUUCUGCUAACAGGCUUCCAAGGGCAUCUGGUUGGCCACUGCAAAAACAGGGCGCUGAACUAGAUGGGCCUUCGUCUAGGUUCUUUAGGUGAGGAAUUAAUUUAAAAUAUGAACUGAGACCAGUCAUUAUAAAAUUGACCUCUGGUAAUGUCACCUCUGACUACUCUGCAAUGUUUUGUUAAUUUUUCUAGAAGUGCAGUCUUCCAAACCUGGUCAUGCCAAUUUUGUGUAGUUAACAAAACAAUCAUAUCUCCAGGUUGCAGCAUCCGGGUUGCAGCAGGAAAUGGAUUAUUAAUGGCUAAGACCAGCGGUACCCAAAGUGAGCAGUAGGAACCCCUGGGGAUGGGGGUAGUAGGAUUGACCAGUAGGGGCACUAAGAGGCAAGGGGGUGGUAAGGGGAGCUAGAGGUGUAAAUCACUAUCAGACUUUGAAAAGCUGGCAUCAAGUUCAUCAGUUUUGAUGAAUUAAACAGAUUAGUUUUAAUUGGUUUUUGAAUAAAUGUGCAAUUAAUUGUUACUGUUUUGUAUUUUAUUGUGUUAUCUUCCUGAGUCAUGCAAACCACUAUUCUCAAUGCUUUUUAUAGGGUAGUUGGCACUGGGGAUGAAAUUAUGGAACCAAGGGGGGUGUCCCCCCAAAUAAAAGUUUGGGAACCACAGUCUUAGAUUAAAUAAUGAUAGCAAGGCCACUGAAUUGUGGGAGACCCCAAAACACCAACUCUGAGUCAAAUGGACCAUGCACAGCUCAGGUUUUUAGGAGGACUGGCUGUUGCUCAGCAGCAGAGUAUCUGCUUCGCAUGCAGAAGGCCCCAGGAUCAAACCUCAAUUGCAUCUCCAGGUGGGGCUGGAACAGACUUCCUGCCCGAAACCCUUGAGAGGCACUGCCUGUCAAUGUUGACAAUAUAGAGCAGGAUGGGUCAUUGGUCUGACUCAGUAUUGAGCUGCUUCCUGCAUUCCUGGUGGGAAUUGCUGGUCUCGCCGCUAAUGGAAUUGCUCUGCUGGUUUCUCGGCAACAUUCCUGGCUCUGCAGCUCCUCCUGUGACCCGUCACUGUAGCUGCCUUUUGGCUAGCGGCAUCUUUCAGGUUCCUUGGAGCACCUGUCGAAGAUUUGACAAGCCACGGCGACACAGAGGCGAUUCUGCCACUCAGUUGGGCUGCCAGUCAAUCAAUCAACUCAACCAACGGAAGCCUGACAAAGCUCAUUUGGGGAAUGUGCGACUGACCUUCUGCCAAGGUGCCAACUGCACCAGGCCUGACAAAGCCAUCAUUACACAUCACUCAGGACAGUUGCAUGGGCUUCCGCCAGAGUGUCAGUCAUGGGGUGGCAUGAUCAGCCGUGAUGCACUCACAUGUAUGACCUAGGCAGAUCUUUCCCAGCAGGCUGUGCAGUGAAGCUCCAGAGCCCACCACUGGUAGAAUUUUACAGUCAAAUCUCAUUACAGUCAAGCUGUCUGCAGUUUUGUCAUUCAGGAAGGAGAAUGAAGGGAUUAGUUAAAGAAUGCUGGCCUCUUUUCCUUCUGGCUUCCUAAAUAAUCGUAUGAAUAUGCCAUGAUCUGCUCCAGAAUGUGAUAGUGACCACAAAAUACAGCUUCCUAAAUAUCUAAGUUUGUAACUGUGGCGUUCGUAUGGAGCCCCCGGUAGUCUCACGGACUAUUGACCAGUACACCACUAAUCCGCUGCCACCAACCAUGUCCUCUCCAGUAAAUCACUUAGACUCAGUCAGGUUCUUAAGUUAACAAAGAAGAGUGUAGUUUAUUGCAGACACAAAUAAACUUUAAAUGCAUUCAAAAUGUUGUUACGCUUUACCUUCUUAGUCUUAUUUUUAUCCUGUCUCUAUCUCUUCUACCUCCCCUCACACAAGAACCAACUGCACUAACUGUCUCUCUAAUUCCAACUGUCUGCCAACUGCUUUUCCAACUGCCUUUCCCAACCAACCAACCAACCAACCAACCAACCAACCAACCCACUAAAACCAACCAACUACCCACACCCAAACCUCGGGCUAAGCCCUUUUAUAAACAGGUUGGUUCCGCCUCUGGCUUUCCUAUUGGUCUACAUAUUAACCCUUUCUCUCCCCCUGUACAGACAUUUUCAAAUCAACAGUCAAACACCACAGUAACAACAACAAUAAAAGUGAGUUUCUAGUCCUUAAGACUGGGACACCCUGCUUGAAAAGGUGCAGACCCCAGAGGAAUCUCUGUCUGAUUCCUAGCAAUAAGUGCUUGUUCCUCCUUGUGAUUAGCAAAAUAGAAUAAAUCAUUCAAUCUAAAAAUGUGCAGAUUGUGGGAAAUUGUGCAAAAUUACUCUAUUUGCAUAAUGUAUGCAGUUGGCAUUGCCCAGGUUUUAAAAAAAAUUCUUCAAGAAGGAAUUUGUUUCAAUUGGUGUUGAAGGGUUUUGGGGUGGCAAUGUAUACUCAGAAGUAGGGAUGGAGGAGCACUCUACUUUAGACAGAUUUAUAGGUGAUAUUUGGCGAUUCUCACUCAAUCAGAAUUUGUCAAUAUCAGACGACCUGCUUAUAUCUGAAGUUUAGUUUUAAGCAGUGUCACUAUUCAAAAAUUACAUGAAAAAAAUACAUAUAUUACAUAUACAUCUCUUUCAUAUAAGAGAGUUGGGUUAGGGCUGUACUCUAUGCUGUACUACAUUUCUGCAGAAUAAUACGUAAGUAUUUUUUUUAUACAUUGCUCUAUCCAUCUGUUGAUUUGCUGGUUACUUUAUUAAACCUGAAGUAUAAUAAUAAUGAUUAUGAAUGCAUUGCAAUGAUCAAUGCAGAUCUCCACAUGUUGCCUUUCAGCUAGACCUACUAUUUUCUAUGCACAUUCAGGAGCAAAUGAUCUGGAGUGCUCCAAUAUCUUCUUAGCUUUUGUUUCCCUUGAAGUUCCUUUGUACCUAUCAGAAGUUGUACCUCGUUCCAUGGAAACUGAAGGUCCUUGUCUUGUCAAUGUUCCUAAAUGCUUAGCUUUGGGGCAAUCAAAACAAUUUUUCCUCUGUGUCCUUCCCUCAGGCCUUCUUUCAAGGGAUCAAAUGGACUUCUAAGGGAUCCCCAGUGGUUGACACAUUUCUUUUCACUCUGAAUGGCUCCAAGUCAAUACAAAGGGUGAGAAGACAUCUUCUCAGUGGAAAAAAGCUCCCCUUUCAUGCUGAGUGGGUGGCCUACGGAUGCUGGAGAUAGAGACCCAGCUGCAGAAAUAGUAUAGAAUCAUAGAAUCGUAGAGUUUGAAAGGCUCAUCCAACCCCCUGCAGUGUAGGAAUAUGCAGCUGUCUCAUAUGGGGAUCAAACCUGCAACCUUGGUGUUAUUGGCAUCAUGCUGUAAUGCAGACUUCCUCAACCUCGGCCCUCCAGAUGUUUUUGGCCUACAACUCCCAUGAUCCCUAGUUAGCAGGACCAGUGGUCAGGGAUGAUGGGAAUUGUAGUCUCAAAACAUCUGGCGGGCCGAGGUUGAGGAAGCCUUCUCUAAUGGGUCUUUGAGUCCAUAAAACAAUAUACUACUACAUCUCUACCACUAAUGUGUCCUUCUAUGCCAGGGACAGCGCAAUGUGAUAUCUUCCAGCUCUUAUCAACCCCAGCCAUAGCCAGUGGUCAGGGGUAUGGGGAGUUGGAGUCCAUCUGGCCAGGGGCACCACAUUGCCUAACCCUGCUCUAUGCCACCAGACUAUCGGCUGCCUUGCCUAUUUUGGGGUUGCCAUCUUUUUCAUGGGUAUGUAAAAUGAGACUUGUCUUAGAGAUCCAUAGUUAAAAGUAGAAGUUGACAAAUGUGUCCUCUUUUUUGUUCUUCAGAAUAUGGCAACCCUAGAUUUGCCCCAGGUCCUGGCCUGUUCAUGGCCCCAAUAUUAAGCGCCAAAUCCUGUUCAUUUUUGAAUAUAUCAGACAGACACCAUUUCUAGAAUAAAGAUUGACAAUGAUGGUGAUAGUAAUAAUAGUAAUAAUAAAAAUAGUAGUCGAAAUAAUAGUAAGUCAGAUGAUUGUCCUUUCGGUGCGUAUUGAAGACAUUCCUUUUUAAACCAAGACUUUUCAGUGGAGAUGUAUUUAUUUUUUAUCCUGGUCUGUAUCUGUAUUAGACUGAGGAUUGCUUCGUAUAUGAAACUGCUGCUGCUGCCCUCUUGGUUGAUGUUCUUAUUGUUAAAUCGCUUCGAGAUAUUUUUAUUGGAAGCAAUUCAUAAAUGGAAGUAAAAAUAAAAUAAAAUAAAAUAAAGCAGGAUUGCAAAACCUACCAUUUCACCUACUCUCUCUCUCUCCCCUCCCCCCCUCACACACAGACAGACCUGUGAUAACUAUUGCUUUACUUGGGAUGCUUAUUCUCAAUUAUAAAUAUGCAAUUUUUUGCUUUUGCUUUUGGGAAACAAACAUCCAGGAUAUUCAUUGCAUCCGUACUUACAUUUUAUUUUAUUUUUUAAAGUGAAUUUGCAGUUGUAUCAAAGAGGUUUCAUGGCUGGCCUGGGGCCUUGUGGAGCUCAGCUUUGAAAAGAUAUAGUAAUAAAGUACUCAGCGUUUCCAGCAGAGUUUGCUACCCAGCUGGACAUGGUGUUGGAAGAGAACAGGAAUGGAGAUUUUUUACCACAUUUUAAUCAACAGGAGCAACGCAGACGUGGAAGAUACAAAAAACAGAUUUGCCUGGAUGUGUUGAAGGGGAACCAACAGACAUCUGACUGCCACAGCCCACAUACAACAUCUUGUUAUUUAUUUUUAGACUGAGCAUUCCUUCUCUGUGCCAGAGGAGAGCUCAUAUAACUCUUUAUGGGUUUGUUUGUUUUUUAAAUACCAGGGCCUUUUGCCCCUGCUUGCAUUGCUCACUAACACUACCUACCUGCAACCCCCUACCCCACCUUGCUCCCCCUGGUCUCAGACCCUCCAAGUUUCGCUAUUUUCCAGGGACAGUCCUGGAUUUACAGAAGCCAUCCUGGUUUCUGAUUUGAUCCCAAAAUGUAUCAUUUUUUCCUUGUUGUUUAGUCGUGUCCGACUCUUCAUGACCCCAUGGACCAGAGCACGCCAGGCACUCCUGUCUUCCACUGCCUCCCACAGUUUGGUUAAACUCAUGUUGGUAGCCUUGAGAACACUAUCCAACCAUCUAGUCCUCUGUCAUCCCCUUCUCCUUGUGCCCUCCAUCUUUCCCAACAUCAGGGUCUUUUCCAGGGAGUCUUCUCUUCUCAUGAGGUGGCCCAAGUAUUGGAGCCUCAGCUUCAUGAUCUGUCCUUCCAGUGAGCACUCAGGGCUGAUUUCCUUAAGAAUGGAUAGGUUUGAUCUUCUUGCAGUCCACAGGACUCUCAGGAGUCUCCUCCAGCACCAUAAUUCAAAAGCAUUGGUUCUUUGACGACCAGCCUUCUUUAUGGUCCAACUCCCAUAGAUCACUACUGGGAAAACCAUAGCUUUAACUAUAUGGACCUUUGUCGGCAAGGUGAUGUCUCUGCUUUUUAAGAUGCUGUCUAGGUUUGUCAUCGCUUUUCUCCCAAGAAGAAGGCGUCUUUUAAUUUUGUGACUGUAAAAUCUCCCACUGCCUCCAUUUCUGCCCCUUCUAUUUGCCAGGAGGUGAUGGGACCAGUGGCCAUGCCCCUAUUUUCACUGGAGAAAUGUUGGAGGGCAUGUGAUCACCAUGAAUGUGCUCCCUGAUCUUUAUUAUACCUCUUUAUCAAGUGGAUCACUUCCCUGCAAUCUUUUUGAGGUAGCUUUCCCCUUGUGUCUUUUGUUGUUUGAUGCUGGCACUAAAUUUCCUUUUAUUUAUUUAUUUACCAUUUGCUGCAGUGUGGCAUUCAGGCUCCGAGCUGAUUUGAAACUCCCACAGCAUAUCAGGUAGUGAGAGGGGAGACAGAGAGCUGACCCCAAGGCUGGGGAUGGGAAGACAAUAACCUGGCUGGCUUGUGGGAAUGAAACAGAGAGCUCCCUCCUUCAUGAUUUAUUUAAGAACAUUUUUUUUACCCUGCUAAUUUUUUUCUUGUGGAUCCUUAAAACCGCUUGGAACGGCUAAUGCAAGCGAAAAUGUAUGUUCUGUAAGUGAACAUUCAGGAUCUCCUGCUGGUGCUAAGAGUGUAUCUACUUCAUUCUUCCCUGAGUAAUGCCUGCUUCUGGCUGUUUUGAGAUGCUCCCAUCAGCAGUUGUGGAGUAGACUUACCUGCUAGUUAAGAUGGAUAUCCUGUAGCUAGGUAGAGACAGGACUGGACCAGGUGCACCUGUGGAAGCCUGACAGAUGGGCAGCAAAAGGUAUACACUCCUAUAUAUUGUUGCUCUUCUGUCUAGGUUGGUUUCAAGAUCACCUAUGACAGGGAUGAAUGAAUUUACCCCAAACUUGUCUCUAGCCUAAACAAUGCCCUCCCCCACUCCCGGCCCAAAGCUGCCUUCCCAAAGCUGGCUAAGUGAGGCACUGGGCUUGGGGAAGGAGGUGUGAGGCUCUGGCAGGGUUCCAGAGCCCUCCCAGCUCCUUAUCAAUGCUGGGCAAGCACUAAAUAGGCUUAGAGAACCCAGUAUGGUCCCCCUUUAUCAUAUACACAGCCCAACAAGACAACAAGAAGAGUCCACUGACAGCAUACAAAUCAAUCUGGCUUGCCUGACUCAACAAGCCCUCCCCCCCCUCACAAAUGCAAGCAAACCCCACUGCAGACAAUCAACCACACCCUAACCUCCAAUACCUCUCACAACCAAGGAAAUGCAAUGAAUACACAGAAAGAGAACCUACCCAGUUGACAAUGACACAAAAUCCCGCACGUACACUAUACAAAAGAAUAUAAGCCUCACCACCCCACCCCUCCUCUCCCCCCUCUUCUUCCCCAACCUUAUACUGUACUCAACACUAAUGUCUCACAACUAAUGUAACUGAUUUGUAAGAAAGACUGUACAACCUGUAAAAAGAGACAAAGCAUAUAAUUUUGUAAACCAAGAAAAUCUUUAAUAAUAAUAAUAAGGCUUUGGGAAGGAGCUGGGAAGACGCCCUCUUGGCACAGAGCUCUGGGGGGGGGGGGGGACCAGUUAUACUGCCUUAAAUCCACCUCUGCCAGAAGCAACUGUUGCUGGAAUAAUUAAUAGUAUUCUUAAGCUAGCACAAAGGGAUGCAGGUGGCACUGUGGUCUAAAGCACAGAGCCUAGGGCUUGCCGAUCAGGUCGGCAGUUUGAAUCCCCAAGACGGGGUGAGAGCUCCUGUUGUUCGGUCCCAGCUCCUGCCCACCUAACAGUUCAAAAGCACGUCAAAGUGCAAGUAGAUAAAUAGGUACCGUUCCAGUGGGAAGGUAAAUGGCAUUUCCGUGCGCUGCUCUCAUUCGCCAGAAGCGGCUUAGUCAUGCUGGCCACAUGACCUGGAAGCUGUCUGUGGACAAACACCGACUUCCUUUGGCCUAUAGAGCAAGACGGGCGCACAACCCCAGAGUCAACCGUGACUGGACUAAUGGUCAGGGGUACCUUUACAUUUUAAGCUAGCACAAAUAUUUGGAAACAGGUCACCAAGUUCUAUUGGCUUUAACUGUGCAUUUACAAAAUUUGUUUAUGUACUGAGAAUAAAUGUUGCAUUUCUUUUCCAAAAUCAUUAGCAUUAAGGUCAGCGGGAUAUCACUCUGAUAAAGACAAAGCUCCCCCCCCCCCACAUCACUUUCAGACAUGGUGAGAUAUUUCCAGACGAAAUCAAUUUUUCCCCCUGCCAACUGUUUAACAGCAUCGCAUUCUGCUAGACCAUUGUUUACCAAAACGUAAAACAUACACUUUCUGAAGUAGGCCUCUUCUGGAGUAUAAUCCGUGCCAUUCAUUUCUUCCAAGUUAGCAUCAGGUGUGCUGUCAUCAUGUGACCUUGUCCUCUUGCACUGAACUCCAUUACAUCUACGAGAAGAGUUUUAUUUCUAUAUUUAGGUUUGACACAACCGAUCUGGCUUCAUUCCACUUGCAUUUUCAGUUGCUUCCAAGUUUUGUCAGCUCUGUGAGGAGAAUUUCUACAUUUGCUACUUCAACAUCCAGUGUGGCAUCUCUAGCCUGAAUGACCUUGUUGCAAAUAUCUAUGCCAGCUAAUAUUUUGUACCACACAGCUGACAUCAACAUACAGACAAAAGAUGUCACAUAUAAUAAAACUCUGUGGACUUCAUGGCUUGUUUUGGCUGUCAAAUUUGGUUCUAGGAGGUCUUCCAGUGCUAAUUUAAUGCCAGGCAAGUGAGCUGCAAAAGGUUUUACACAUCCAGUACAAUCUGGCCAUCUUGUUUCGGACUUUUGGAGUUUUAUUAUACCACAAAGAGAACAACCAAUACCGUUUUGUAUUAAUUCCCACUGCUUAGGAAUGGAAGUGGUGUUGCACAGUUUUAAUAGUUUUGAAAAAGUGAUUGCCUCAGGUAUGCAUUCAGCACCAUCAUUUCAACAUGUGUUGAGUGUGUGACUCCCACAAGGUGAAAAAAUGGCUGUUGAGCUUUUUUCUUUUCCAUUUUUGCAUGUGCACUGUUGUGUUUUCUGGCCCUAUUUGCCCCAUUAUCGAAAUCUUGAGCAAUAUGGUCACUGAGAGGAAUAGCAUGUUCUUUCAAUGUAUCAGUUAUCAACUUGUGGGAUAUUUAAAAUGCAGUCAAACCAACGAUUUGGCGCAUGUUGGGAACUGAAGCUCUCAUAGUUAUCCUGUAAGUUUCCUAGAGAAAACCCUGUGAGAGACACUCCCACUGUGCCCAAGACACAUAUAUUGUCCCACCUGCUUGGGCACAUCUUCUUUCUUCUCUUACUCUUCAUCUUCAUUAUCAAGCCAGAAAUGUGAGAAUGUCUGCUCAGACACCAUCUUAAACUACACUAAAGCAUGACUUUGUAACUGAAUUACAAUUUUAAGCCUGCCUGAACAAAGUCGCUGUAUUUGUCAUUCUGCAACAGAAACUCUGAGUGAGUAAAUGUUAUUUUUACUGUUUACAGACUGUUACUGUAAUUGUUGUUUUAAAGGGGGAAAUACCUGGAGAAUCCAAACUGCCUUGAAGCAUCCUGGAUUACUUAAAUUUAAAAAGCUAAAACUAGCCUAAGUUUCUCUUUUAAGCUGCAAAGGGAUGCACUCUACUGAACUCACAAACAUGAGGAAGGAAAGAUAAUAACUAAUAAAACUAUUCACAUCCCUGCACAACUGAGCAAUUUGAUUCCUUCUUUCACUGCUACUAUCUGCAAACUUGAGAAAUCUUUCUUGAAUCUCAUUUUGUGUUUCUUUUAAAAGUACACAUCUCCAAAUAAAUGUUGUUUGUUCAAUACAGAAAGAAUCUGAUGUGGAUUUACUAUUACUGCAAAGUACUUUACAGAUUGUCACUCAAGCAAAAUGUGUUGUUUCACAUGAUUUGAGCAUUCUGCAAUAAAUACAUUUUGUGAGUCAGGGGACAAAUAAUGAACUUGAAGCCUCUCACUCCUUUUCUGUGACUCCUCUACACUUAGCACAUGUUCCUGAAGGAUGGGGCCCCACCUGGAGAACAGUUCCACAAGUUUUUAAAAGUUUCCAUUGGAUGAAUCACCAAUUUGAUGGAAUGAACCAGUAAAUGCUAGCCCACAUUCUUCCAAGAAGUUUACAACAUUGAUGAUGCCCCUUAAAAAGUUGUAUCACUUCAAAGCUUCAGCUUUGAUCGGCGCUUCUAAGAUGACAUCAGCUCCUGUCCCAGAGAGCAGGCACCUUCCUAGUUCUCGCCAAACUAGGUAACAUUUGCUGCGGCCUUUUCAUGUUCUGGGAUCCUGUAGGAAAGUUUCUGCCACUUCUCAUUAGAAUCCCAGCUUUCAACAGAUACCGGUGCAGAUGCAGUGCUGACGCAGGAGAGCUAAUCUUGACUGUCUUGUUUCUGUUGACUACAGAGAAGCCACUCUCUUACAUGCAACUCUCCAUUGGUGCUUUGACAUUUCAGUAUGCUUUCUGGGAAAACUUGGUUGUGGGGUUUUUUUGGUACGGUCAAAACUAGGCUUUAUUUUGCCUAGGUCAAAGACCCAGGUUGGCACCCCUCCAAUGUGCUUUUGUACACACACACACACACACAGAGAGAGAGAGAGAGAGAGAGAGAGAGAGAGAGACCUGGAGCUUCAAUGGAACCUCUCUGGAAGCUUCACCUGGGGCAAGAAACCUGACUAGCCCCCUUGUAGUUAUGGCUCUGCUUUUGGGAAUAUUUUAGGCAAAGGGAUGUGUCUAUUUCCUUUAGAGAUGGAAACUUAGUUCUGAUAUAUCCAAUGCCAAUGCCUACAUUAUGAUUAUGCCUCUCAUCUUCCACAUGCAUUUGUAUGUACAGUAUGUAAGGGUACAGUAGUGGAAGAUUUCCUGUGUAAAUUCAAAUAUGUUUAAUACUUCUAAUUUUAAAAGAGCCAACUACCUAACAAUUUGUUCCUAAACCAGGAGUGGAAAAUCAUGAGAGGUUUUUUUGUCCACUGUUUCCAACGGCACUUUAUUUAUACGAGGAAAAAACUAAAGGGGAUGUUUUUGCAAUGACGCUGUUGGGAUGGGAGUAUAUCUAAAGCUGCUCCUUUCCUCUGCAGUAAAAUACGGCAUGCUAUAACUGAUCUUCCUUCGCUCAACCUUAAAAAUGUUCUCCAGGCUUCACCAUUCUUUCUGUCAUUCAGUUUUAUUUGUAAGCAAUAUUAUAAAUGCAAGUAAAAAUUGCAGCACCGAAUGUGCUUGCUUGAUCAAAACACCAACAAUCCAGCAAGAGCUCCCCUGCAAACUAUGCAGCUUGUUGGCAGCUGGCUGAAAUAACUUAAGUUGUGCUCAGCAGUAAAAAGACUUUGCAAUUCCUUGUUCCUCAUAUCUGAGCUGUUUCCCAGGUUAACCAAUAAUUCCAAAUCGACAACACCUUUUGUCAGAAAACCCCCAAAUUAAAAUGCACAGAUGAAUCAUUACCCAGUCUUCUAUUCCUAGAAUUGAUAAAGCAGAGCACUAUGAAAUACGUGUUGUUUGUUUGCUUUUAUUAUACUUUUACAAUUAUAAUUUGAAUCAAUGCAAAUGUUAACCAUCUCCUGAUUCUUGGGACAGUUGUUUGGAAAAGAUGAUUUUACCAGAUGUAGUCAGUUCUUCAUCUGUUCAUGAUGAUAAUGGUGACCAUGAGCUGCUUUGCCCUCUUCUGCUUGAAGUCAGGCUGCUGUCAGGUCGGGACCAACCCCCGCUGCAGUCCCUUCAGUAGGCGGAGCAUGUCUCCCGCAGGGGAGGCAAAGCAAGCCCGCCUUCUUGCCUUGCCCACUCAUACUAUCUUUCACUGGGAUUUCAGUGCCGCCUCUCUGGAUUGCCUGGGAGAAGUGGGCAGGGCCAUGCUGGCAGGACAGGAAGUGGGUGGGGGAAGAAAUGUCGUAGUGUUUUAUAUAGGCUUACACAAAAUGUAAAAGCUAGUCUUCACAUAAUAUCUGCAAAGGUCUUCUGAGGUCCCAGGAAAUUUCUGGCUCCCCUCUUUUGGCUCCCAGCCUCCAUUUUGAUCCCAGGCAGUGGUAAGAUGCACACCCCUCUCCUGAGCCCUGGCCUCUGGUUGGCCGCUGUGAGAACAGCAUGCUGCACCAUGACAGACAUUUGGCUUGAUCCAGCAGGGCUUGUCUUUCCUUCUCAUACAGGUCAUGGUGGACACCCAUAUUGUUCUUAGUGACCCUUGUUAUAACCUAUACAUCUCUAUAUAGCUUAGGCCCAGGCUAUCUGAAGGACCGCAUUCUCCCAUACUAAUCUGCCCUGACUCUAAGAUCUUCAAGGGAGGCGCUACUCUUAGUCCCGCCACCCUCACAGGCAGGCUUGAUGGGGAUGCACGACAGGGCCUUCUCGGUGGCUGCCCCCAGACUGGAAUUCCCUUCCUAGUGAGGCCAGACUGGCUCCCUCCUUUGUUGUCCCUCUGCCAGCAGGUGAAGACUCUCUUGUUCCAACAGGCCUAUGGGAACUGGCUGACUUUUGAAGGAAAGGGCUUUUAGUAGUGCUGCGCUGUCUAUAUUUGUAUUUCAAUAGGUUUAUUUUUUAUAUUGCUUCAAUUAUAUUCUUCAUGGUUAUCUUUUAUUUGUUUUUAGUUCUUUGUAUUUUAUCUGUGUUUUGUGUUUUUAUCUGCAAGCCACAUUAGUCCCAUUAUCUUUAAUAAUAAUAGUUAACAGGGCUUCAGCAGCUGAGACAAAGGAACAAAUUCAGGUUCCGCAUAGGGUCUCCCACUUCCAUCUUGCGCCCCCUCUCAUGACCUCACCGUGCCUUCUCCUCCCUUUGGGGGGGGGGGGCAUGCAAACAUGGUGCCUGGCAAACGGUCUAAGAACCUUCCAGGCUGUGAGGAGAAAACGUUCUUCUGAUUUGCUUAAUGAACGUUAAUUAAGGAGACAGAAGAUAGCAGAUUCCUUCAGGGUAGAGAUGAAAGGACCGUUAAUUAAAUCUGGAGAGAGAGGAAGAGUCGGGGACGACUGAUCCUCCUUCUGAUCAGACUUGACAAUGCAAGUGACGGAGGCACGAGGAGGCGAGGGGUGUGGAAGAGCACAAAAUCCCUCCUUUCUCUCAUCUCAUCUCUCUCUCUCUCUCUCUCUCUCUCUCCACCCCCCCCCCCGCUCAGUUCAAAGCCUGGAGCCUCAGCCAGCGAAGAGCGUAAGCCUGGCUUUUGAAGGAGCAAUUUGGGGGGGGGGGCGGACGGACGGACGCGGAAUCCUUCAGCAUGAAUAAAUGACUGCUUUGGGGAGGUGGCAAAGAUCCCCCCCUCAAGCUACCUAGCCAAUCGCUCGGGAUUCCUCAGUUUUAACACCUCAUCCAGCCAUUAUUGGGACCCACAGAUAUUUGGUUCCCAAGUGAUAUUUCGCUGAUCGAAACAUAAGGACACACACACCUAUUCAUCUUUUAGUGUGACACUUUGAAACUCCCUGCCUAUUGACCCCAGGGGGGUACCUUUGCUGCCUGAUAUAAAUAUUUUUUGUUCGGGCAAACCUAUCCAAACCUACAGAAUUCUGACAUGUGUUUCAAUGUGGUUUUAGCUUAUUUUAAUCCCCCCCCGCAGGUUUUAAAUAGCCUUCCCCCAACUGAUAAUUUUUAUUGUUUUGCUGUAUUCUUUUUUGUGUGUCAACUGCUUUGAGGUUUCUUUUUAUAUUACAAUCAGGUGGUAUAUCGAUUUUAUGAAAUAAUAAUAAUAAUAAUAAUAAUAAUAAUAAUAAUAAUAAUAAUAAUAGACUGAGUCAGACUGAUGGCCCAUCUAGCUCAGUACUGUUGACACUGACUGGCAGCAGCUCUCCAGGGUUUUCAGGCAGAGCUUUUUGUCCAAGCUGGAGAUGCUACUGGGGAUUAAACCCAUACACUGCAGGUGCUCUACCAGUGAGUUGCAGCCCAUUCAUGGGAAGAUAGGAAGCUGCCUUGUACUGAGUCAGAACACUGCUACAUCUAGCUCAGCGUUGUGUACACCUACUGGCAGCAGCUUCUUUAGCUGUGAUUCCUGCAUUGCAGAGGGGGUUGGGCUGGAUGACCCUUGGGGUUCCCUUCAAACUCUACAAUUCUAUAAGCCAGUGACUAGCUUGUUAAAAUGGGGUGUGUGUUCCUUGAGACCCAGAGAGACUGACAGCCACUGACAGGAUCCUCACUCACAGGCUCUCCCUCCCUCUGUCCCACCAGGUAUUCAUCUGCUCUAAGUUGCUUUUCUUCUGUAAUUUAAUUUUAAAACCACAGCUGCAGGGCACAGUCCUUGUUCUUCCAUCAACAGCAUAUUGGGCAGGAUAAGUCUCGUCUCCCCACCCACCCUGUUCCACAUACUAUCAAUCUUCCUUCUCCCCUCAACACUCCCCUCAAUAUUAGUACAGCACCUGAGGGCACAAACCGAUCCCUAGGGGAUGUUCAGCUUUCUUCCCUACUUUAAUUCUCCCUUCCCAAAGAGCGCAUCCUUUGCAAUUCUGAGUGCGUCCUUUGAACAUCCUCCUGGUGGCAUCCGAGAUGGGAUUAGGGAAGGGAACAAACAGCGGCAGGCUCUCCGUGCAUUUAAAUAAGCAUCCGACAACAAAAAGAAGACUACUUUUUCUGUUCUUCAAACAUAACAAUCCUACACACACACACACACACAGAUACCUCUGGAGAAUUCCCAUCCUGCCAUGCUGUACGACUGGAGAAAGGUCAGAAAAGGGUGACCAAAGUGAUCUAGGAGCUGGAGCAACUGUUUUUAUCAUCAUUGUGCCAUGGGCCAAACAAAGAUGUUCAAUCUAAACAACUUUUAUCGCUUCUAUUGACUGUGGCCUGACAGACUAUAGUUUGAACUGUGGAAGAUUUUGGAAUGCUUGACUGCCUCUGGAAGGUGACCAAGAUGCUCAAGGGUCUGGAAACCAGGCCUUAUGAGGAACGGUUGAGGGAGGUGGGUAUGCUAAACCCCGAUAAGAGGAGACUGAGAGGUUAUAUGAUAGUCGUCUUCAAAUACAGUGGACACUUGGGUUGCGAACGUGAUCUGUGCGGGAUGCACGUUUGCACCCCGCAGUGUCCACAACCCGCAGCGGUGUGUCUGCGCACUUGUGGGCUGCGAUUUGGCACAUCUGGGCAUGCGCAAAGCGCAAUUUAACACUUCUGCACAGGCGCGACUGUCGAAACCCAGAAGUAACCCAUUCUGGUGCUUCCGGGUUUCGGCGGUCCACAACCCGAAAAAACACAACCUGAAGUGUCUGUAACCUGAGGUAUGACUGUACCUAAAGGGAUGGUUGUCACAUGGAAGAUAGAACAAGCUUGUUUUCUGCUGUUCCAGAGGGCAGGACCCUAACCAGUGGUAUUUCAAAUGACAAGGAAGGAGAUUCUGGCUGAACAUCAGGAAGACCUUUAUGAGAGUAAGAGCUGCUCGACAGUGGAACGGACUUCCUCAGAAGGUGGUAGACUCUCCUUCCUUGGACAAUUUUAAUCAGAGGUUGGAUUCCUGCACUGCAGGGGUUGGACUAGAUGACCCUUAAGGAUCCCUUCCAACUCUACAAUUAUGUGAUUCUAUGAAUUCCUUUCCCACCCAAUAAGGAAAAGUUACUGAACCUUCUACAUGCAUUGCAGAUACUUUGCCGGUGAGAUGCAGCCCUUCAUAAGAAGAUAGAUUCGAAAACUGGUAAAUGUUUCCUAAGUUGUACUGCCUUUUUUCCCUUCCUGCUGUAUGGAAAAGCACAUGAACCUGAGCUUUGAAAUAUUUGUAAGUAAACCAUUUUAAACUUACAAACAUACGAUCUCUUACUAGACUUACCAAACAUAUGCAAAGGGGAAGUGGGGAACUUUGGAAGAAACUUAAGAAGGGGAUAUUUAAAGGUCUAACUACAGCCAUGCUUUACUUUGCUGCAUGUUUUGUGAUUUUAAAUUACUCACCAAAUAGUACUUGCCCCACAUCUGGAUCUAGGCAUCCAGGGAAUUAUUAUUUUAUUCUUCAACUAAAUCACUAAAAGAAUCCCAACACUGCCAGCAUCUAACACCUGGUUGCCCAUUUGCUCCCUGACCAAGUUCAAGGUGUUGCUAUUAACUUGUGUCCUUAACAAGGUGUCCUUAACAGCUUGAGACCAGCUUACCUACCAAAUCUCCUUACCCAACAUGGGCCCACUAAGCUGCUUCAAUUGGUAGAAUUGGCACUACCGAACUGGCCACAUACACCCACCCCACAUUUGUAAGAACUUGAUCAUUUAGUGUAGUGAUGCCUACACUUUGGAACUCCCUGCCUAUUGAGAUCAAGCAGGUGUUGUCACUGCCCUCUUUUCGGUGCCUGCUAAAAGCAUUCUUGCUUAGACUUGCCUGCCCAGAUGCUUAGGAAAUUGAGGUAAUUUUAAUCUGUUUUAGUAUUUUAACUUUUCUAUGUUUUAAAGUAUGGCUGUAAUUUUUUUCUUGCUUUAUCUUUUUGUAAAUUGCUUUGAGGUUUUGGAUAUUUAUUUAUUUUUACAAUCAAGCGGUAUAUAAAUUUUGGUAAAUAAACUAAUAUAUAUGGCUCUCUGAGCAUUAAGACUCAGAAUCCAUGAUGCAGUGCAAUAGGCCAUUUUAUGGCUGUGAACAAGUGCCAAGCUCAAAUGACCUCUUAAAAUUCCACAUUUGUCGGCAGACAAAAUUGGCCAUGCAGUAGGGUUGGUAUCAUUUCCCUGAGCUUCUCCAGGCGAAGGAGAAAUUCUUCAGCAUUUUCUGAAGUAUGGGCUUACCAUGAAGCAGCUGCUUCUCCCCCCCCCCCAAGGAUUUGGGUUUUUGUUUUUUUGUUCUGAAAAUAUUCAGAGACAAUCCAAAAAAGUGGCCUCCUUUUUCUAGGAAGGCAAAAGAAGAAGAAGAAGAAGAAGAAGAAGAAGAAGAAGAAGAAGAAGAAGAAGAAGAUCAUUAGAUUUUCACACACACACCAGAAAAAAUGUCUGAUAAAUUUCAACCUAGAUCUAUUGUAAGAAUGUGUUUUGCCACAUUGCUGGUGGAUGUAGUUAAUUCUGCAGCCUUACAGCAGCCAAAUAAACAUAUUUAGUAAUGCCCUGCAUCACUACAAAACCCACAGUGCAGUACAACUCUGAAUGAACUGUGCACACAUGGAAAUGUCUAUAGGGUUGUCUCUGGAAUAAGUCAAGCGUAGAGGAAAUCAUGGGUCUAAUCUAAGCUUGACAAAGUCUGAAACAAACUCAAAGUCUUAAGAACUGAAUGACUAUAAAUAUUUGUAGUCAAAGUACAAAUUCACUUGUUUUAUCUCCUGCUCUGUGGAUGGGGAAAAACAAAAAACAAAACCAAAUAUGGCCUCAAGGGGCCUAUGCUAUACAGUCCCUACUUUCCUAAAUCAUAUUCUAUGCCUUUAAGUGCUGCACAAGAGGCAGAAACUCAACAGGGACAUUUUCCCCACAGCAUAGAGAGGCAAUGAGGGGAGAAAACAGCUUUAAAGUUGAUUCAAAGCCUACAGAUUUUAAAGGCUCAAGUCAAUUCCCAAUUGUGGGGAGGAGGUGGGAGGAGAACGGAAACCAGCUACUUUCUUUCUCUAGAACCUGCCUUUAGUCCUUAAGGAAACUCAUUUUCCCUUGGAGUAUAGCUAGGGAGGCAACGGCUAGGGUUGCCAACUUCUUGUAGCAGCUCUGCUCCUGCACCUUUAAACCAGACUCUGAAAAUGAUGAAACCUAGCCAGGUUUUGUUUGUCAAAGCACAUUAUAUAAAGUAAUGGGGGGGACGGGGGGGGAGGGGACAGACUUAUCCAGGUGGAUUUCUGUGCAUCACAGGUUGCUGCUUUAAGACACAGCAAGAGGGCCAGAGGUUAAAUCUAGCAGACUUCCAGGGCUGGUGGGGAAAAUUUUUCUAGCCUGAGGGUUUCAUUCCCUUUUGGACAAUCUUCUGAGCAUCUUGUGCCAGUGGGAGAAGGGGUAAAAUUGGGUGCAGCAACUCACACACAUUUUACCUCUGUACAGUAGGCACCCUGAUAUCCCUCUACUGAGGAAACCCAACAAAAACAGUGUAUAAUUUGAGGAGAAAGGAACGGGGGCAUUUUGUGUUUCCUACAAGUGGGUCUUGUGCAAAGCAAAGGUUACCCAAACAAAUGCCAUGACAAAUGCAAGGAUUUGAACACAGAUCUAUUUAACCUGCAGCCAUCUAGAUGUUGCCGGACUGUGGCUCCCAUUAGCCCCAGCUGGCAAGGCCAGUGAUCAGGGAUAAUGGGAGUCCAACAUAAAGUUCUGCAACACACCCUGUGGAGAUUAGUCCAUUAGGGCAAAUGCAGCACUGCCCUCAGCAAAUCCCUACCUGCAUGCCUUCUUUUUAAAAAACCAACCAUUGGAUGGCUCUGUCUUUCACUGGGCCUGGCACUUUCCACUUAUGGCCCUCCUGUCUGCCACCCUACCAGUCCCAUUGGGUGUGAGGCACCCCUGCCAACACACCUUUCUCCUGCCACAAAUACAACCACGGCCCACUGAUGUUGUAGAAAAUGUGUGGCUGUACAGAGUCCCCUUUUCACAAUGCCAAGUCCGAUUAAUUAAUCUUGUGUGCCCAUUAGCUCUGUCGUUGGCAUUUGAUCGUUCAAUUGUUUUGUCGGCGAGUCAAAUUAAAACUUACUUAGCUCCCUUCGUUUGCCUAAUUAAUCCUACAGCAUCCCGUUUAGAAAACUGAUCCGAUUUAACAAAAUUCAAUUAAUCUGACAUCCAGGGCCUAGUUUUCGAGGCUGCUGCUGUCCUGAGGGUGUGAGGCAGGUUGAGGCUUCAGAUAAACAACGCUGUAAAAAUAGCAAAUUCAUAUAUAAAGGGCUGCAUCCUCUUGACAAAUUAAAACCAUCUUAUGCUUCCUUAGUUUCUGCUAUUAAAACUCAGCUGAAAUGGACAAGUCUUAUGGCGGGGAUGGGGAGCCUGUGGCAACCCAGAGGAAGCUGGAUUCCCAUCAGUUCUAACAAACAGGAUCAGGUACAAAACGCUUACAACCCUGGUCAGCAGUUGUGCUCGCCAGAUCUCAGGGUUUGAUUUGUUUUGAUUGAUUGAUUGAUUGAUUGAUUGAUUGCAUUUUUAUCCCACCUCUUCUCUCCAUGGCACUCAAGGUGGUGUUCAUGAUCCUCCUCACCAUUUAAAACCCCACAACAACCCUGUGAGGUAGCUUAGCAUGAGAGGCAGUGACUGGUCUAAGGCCACAUCCAGUGUGCUUCAUGUAACGUGGGAUUCUGUUUUCUGCUGCACACUUAAUCCUACUCUUAAAGGUAAUGGUAAAG